UCCAGAGAGCUGUAGAUAGAUUUACUGUGUUUGUACAGCGGAUUGUAACGGCGUUAUUUGUGCUGCUUUCAGACUCUAAACAUCAUGUUGAGGAGCCUCACAGCUGUGCUUCUGCUGGCUGUACUUCACUGCCAUGCUCAGGAGACUCAGAGCAAGUCGAAGGUGUGUGCUAAUGUGUUCUGCGGUGCAGGAAGAGAAUGUGCAGUAACAGAGAAAGGAGAGCCGACCUGCCUGUGUAUCGAGCAAUGUAAACCUCACAAGCGCUCGGUGUGUGGCAGCAACGGGAAAACGUACCGGAACCACUGUGAGCUUCACCGAGAUGCCUGUCUCACCGGACUCAAGGUCCAAGUGGCGCAUGAUGGACACUGCAAAGAAAGAAAAACAGAGAAAGCAGCUGCCAGUCCAGUGGUUUGCUACGUUGCCGACCGUAACGAACUGCGCAGUCGUGUGAUUGAGUGGCUGCAGACGGAGGUCGUACCGGACGGCUGGUUCACUAAAGGUUCCCACUUCACCGACAUCCUGCUCAAGUACUUCAAGAACUACGAUAACGGAGACUCUCAGCUGGACUCGGCUGAACUGCUGCGCUUCAUCCAGCUCAACGAUUCAGCGGUGGAACUGCACUCGUACGCCGAGGAGGAGAACAAUCGCCUGCUCAGGAGCCUGUGUGUGGACGCCCUGAUCGAGCUCUCAGAUCAAAAUGCUGACUGGAAGCUGAGCUUCGACGAGUUCCUCAACUGCCUGCGUCCAGGAUUCAACCCACCAGAGAAAAAGUGUGCUCUGGAGGACGAGACCUACGAGGACGGGGCGGAGACUCAGGUGGACUGCAACCGCUGCGUCUGCGCAUGCGGCAACUGGGUCUGCACGGCUAUGACAUGCGACGAGAAAACUCCAGCGCUCGAGCCGGCUGACGGCGAUCAGGAGAUGACCGAGGAGGAAUGGAGCCUGCGAGUGGCUGAACUCAACAAACAUCAGGAGACUGUGGAGAAGAUAAAGUCCAGCACUAAAGAGGCUUAAAGGAGCGAAGAUGAGAAGGUUCCUCUGUAAUCGAAAGAUCAGGAUUGCUUAAUAAAACUAGAAGAACCUCAACAUGUAUUACUUUAUCUUUUAUUACUUUGCUGUGUAACCUUAAUUUUUAUCUAUUCUUUGGUUGAUUUGUGUGUAGCUCACAUUAGCCUGUAGCUCAAGUCUUUAUGUUUUAUGUUUGUUUGUCACUAAGUGCUUCGUUUUAUACUCGAUAUCAUUUGAAGCCUCGCGAGGCGCCUCGGCACUUUGUUUGGGAGCUGUUUUGCAUCGUUGUUUUUAUUAAUUGUCAUUAUUUUAUUUGUCUUUUUAGAUUUAGAUUGUACAUAUAUACAUUACAUGUGUUGCUUUUGAUCGAGACAAUGGCAGUAGAUGAAGGAGACGAGCAGUGGAGGAAGACUGGCAGGACUGGCGAAGGUUAUGAUGAUAUGGUUUGGUAAUCUAAUCCAGGUAGAUACGCUCCUUCUGUUAUCAGGAUAACAGCAGAUUAUAAAGUAGAGAGCAGCGCCGUCAGCUCAGUCUCCCUUCGCACAAGCUCUAUCCGCAGUCAUAGUCUUGAGACCUUUCGAAAAGGUGCUAAUAUGUACUUUUCUGUUCACAGUGUGAUCCUCUUGCAUCAGCAUGCUAUUAUUCCAGGACUAUUGGAUGAUUAUUCUGCACUGAACUUUUACUACGCUCAUUUACUUAGCUCUUAUAUGAAACAUCUGUGGUUCAGCAUCUUAUUUCGGCUGUGUUCCAUUUGGAUGCAAAAAAAAAGUCUACCUGUGAAUUUCUCCUGUGAACUUUAUCUAGUCAGGAUCAGAACCUGGUGCGUUGGAUGCAUUGUCAUCUCAAAAGAGACCAUUCACGAUCGAGUGAUCAGUCGAUAUCCUGUAAUGGACUGGCGACGUGUCUAAGGUGUUUUCUAUGUUUCACCCCAUAUAUCUGACCCAGUGUGACCCUGAACAGGAUAAAGAGGCAGUAAAACAGCCAAUCAGGCAGUAGUUGUAUUGAUUUGCGGCGACUCUUCUUCCCCUACAGUGACAGGUGGACCCAAACCAUGCCUUCCUGUCAACGUCAUUACAUUAUUCUCCUCUUGCCAUCUUGGAUAAAGAGUUAAUAAUGUAAUAGUCUGCCUGGAAAUAAAAAUCACUCAUUAAUUUAGGUUUAGGUAACAUUUUAUCAAUAGGAAACAAAUUCAGUUUGUUCAAAUGUUCAGUUGGUCCACAUACCAGACACCAGGCCCAGUUUUUAAGCCGGAUACCUUUCCUGAAGCAACCCACCUAUUUCUAUCCAUGCUUGGACCAGCACUGAGAGCGCACUGACAAGUGCGUCUUCCAAUGGCUUGGCUGUUUCGGCCAUCCACUGUCCUCGGACAUUGGACCAUCAUAUCCAUGCAGACACCUGACUGACCAAUAGCACUGCUGAUAUUCGAACUCUGGAUCACCCAAAUCUAGCAGUAGUGGGCUAGCAUAAUUCACAGCACUAGUCUGUCCAUAAAAUUGGUAAAACUAUCUAUGGUGUUAGAUUUCUAAGUAGGGCAGCUGGUGGUGCAAUGAAAAAACAUUUACCCUAUCGCAAGUUAUAAUCCAGACAAUAUCUGAAUAAUAGCUAUCCACAGGAGGUGUGACGUUCCUUUUUUACGUGACCAGAAGAAGGUGGAUGGACUCUUCCUCCAAGACUAGAUGGGUAAAAAAAAUCAUGAUUGUUAGCAUCAGUUUAAAUUGGUAUCAUCUGUCUUACUUUAUUCAUUAUUGUUACACCUGAAUUAAUGUUCUUUAGCUAUUAAAUCUAAAUUAAGAUGCUUUAAAUUGUCACCAGAAACGUUUUCCUUUUUUAAAGUGGCAGUUGUCAGCAUUUCUUUCUGUAAAGACAUGAAUACUUUGACAGCACAGAUGAAUCUGCUUUGUUUCUUUUUAUGUUAAGCUGAGCUGCUUUAUCAGACGUAGUUAAAGCUUUAUCGCUGUUUUUAUAUCGUCUGAGAAGACGAAGAGAAAAAGCAAAGUGAUCCGACCAGCUGAACUUGUGCUUGAAAGCUCAGCAGUAUUAGAUAACGUGUGCAGGUUGAUUCAGGAUGAUUGUUCUGUUUGAUUGUGCUUCUUGGUACCAAGCAGAUGGAGAGCAGUACGAAACCAAAGUCUAAUGUGUAGAGCUUCGAUAUUAUGCAGAUCCUCUGGACCCAGCAACACCAUCAUACCUUUUAUUUCAGAGUUCAUCAGCUGUGACGUGUUUGUACUGACUGUACUGACCAGACGUGACUGCUGAGUGUUAAUCUGUGUAUGCUGUGAGACUUUGCGCUUGCUUUUCUCUUUUAUAUCUCUAACAGUGUAUGAUACUGAGUGCCUUAAAUUUACACGUUUAUACGUCUGCUGAUGGACUCGCCUUUUCUUACGUCUAACCACAAAUUGUAAGACUCCUUGACGAACUUUGCAGUAUUAUAUAAUGUACGCCUGAACUUGUCCUGGAUGACUGAUUGCACUCGUCAUUUCAUAUCAGCUGGGAGAGAAUUCAGUCAUUUCAGUGAAAGACUAUCUUGUUUUAGUUAUAUUUAAAUGUACUUGUAUUAUUACUAUUGGUUAUGUACUGUGUGUCAAUAAAAUGUAUUUCCAAUA